GUUGUUGCGCAGUCGCUUCCGGGGCAGGGUGAGGCGAAGGAAGAUUGCGAAUGGGUCGCAGUCGCAGCCGCUCCCCACGGAGGGAGCGCAGGCGGUCCCGGUCCACGUCCCGUGAGCGAGAACGCAGGCGCCGAGAAAGGUCCCGGUCCCGGGAGAGAGAUCGGCGAAGGAGCCGCUCUCGAUCCCCACACAGAAGACGCUCCAGGUCCCCAAGACGACAUAGAUCCACAUCUCCUUCCCCUUCUCGACUGAAAGAAAGAAGAGAUGAGGAGAAGAAAGAAACAAAAGAAACAAAGAGCAAAGAACGCCAGAUUACUGAGGAGGACUUAGAGGGCAAAACAGAGGAAGAAAUAGAAAUGAUGAAAUUAAUGGGAUUUGCCUCUUUUGACUCCACAAAAGGGAAAAAGGUGGAUGGUUCUGUAAAUGCCUAUGCCAUAAAUGUGUCUCAGAAGAGGAAGUACAGGCAGUACAUGAAUCGAAAAGGCGGAUUCAACAGACCUUUGGAUUUCAUUGCAUGAAAACUGAAAUGAUAAAGAAUGGUUUUUUUCCUUUACCUUGUUCAGAAGAGUGGAUUUUGUAUUUCAUAUGUAAUAUGCAUAAAAAACAGGAUCACAGUCCUUCCUCCUUGUAAAGUAAGAAAAUUUUUAUUUAUGAUGUAUGCAGUUCACAUACCCUGACUCACAAAAAAGAAAGUUAAAUACUACAUUUUUUUCUUUUAGGAAAUAUCAUUUGGGGCAAUCAGCCCCAUUUUUUUGUUCUUAUUAUUGUGGAAUCUGUAUAUGUUUUCUUCUUGGGUGCACGUUAGGACUUUUUUAAACACAUAAAAGUAAUUUGGAUGUAAGUUUGUCAAAUAAAGCAAUAUUUCUACCCUUU